CCUCCAAAACGAAGCACUAUGACAUUACCAGUCAUUUCAAAAUCCCCAUAACCAUCGCGAUCGCAUCACUCCUCAAAUAUGAAAAUUGACGAAUUCUCUUCUCCGGAUCCCCGUCAGAACAACGAUGAUCUCCACAAUCAACUUUGCUCUCAAAUCGAAUCAUCAAUCAAAGACAUCGAAAAACACGUACCUGGAAAUGGAACUGAUUCCUUCUCCACUGACCUCAGGCGUAGCAUCUCUCAGCUCAAUUCCCUCUCUCCUUUCCCUAAUAACUCUGUUAAACUCCACAUCUGGAAACUCUCUUAUCGCCUUUGGAAUGCUUGUGUCGAUCUCUCCAAUGCUAACGCUGCCCAUAAACACCAUGAGGAACACGCCAAACUCCGUCAAAUCUCAGCUGACCUUCUCUUCCUCGCUAUUGACGUAUCCGGUAUCCCUUCACCGGCGUUUAAAUCCGCAUCCUUCUUUUACAAAACAGGUCUUAUUUGGCAUGACCUUGGUAAAUUUGAACUUGCGAAUUAUUGCUUCGAGAAAGCUUCGGAUCUGUUAUCGAAAGUUGAUGUCGCUAGUAUUUCAGAAUAUGAAGAGAAAAAGCUUCUGUUAGAUCUCAAUAUUGCACGAUCACGAACGGCUUGGGAAGUGUCUGAUAGAAAUUUAGCGAUUGCUUUAUUGAGUCGAUCGAAAAGCGUGCUGUUUGCUGUUGCGGAGAAUUAUAAAGCUUUAGCUAAUCAGUAUUUGGUGUUUGGAAAAGCAAUGCUGUCGAAAAACGAAGUUUCUGGAGUGAAUGAAGCAUUGAGACUUAUGAAUGAGGCACUGGAAUUGUGUGAAAGGGGUUUGAGAGUUGUUAAGAGGAAAGAGGAGACUUUAGGUUUGAAGGAACUGAGAUCGAAGACGCUUAGAUUUUUAGCGGCAUCUCAUUUGCAGAGACAUGAAUUUGAGAGCGUGUUGAAAUGUGUAAAGGUUUUGAGAGAGGGUGAGAAGGAUCAGCAUCCGAGUCUUAGUGUAUUGGUGAUGAAAGCAUGGUUGGGAUUGGGGAGGUACGGGGAAGCGGAGAAGGAGCUAAGAGGAAUGGUUGUGGAUAAGGGAAUUCCUGAAGGUGUUUGGGUAUCAGCUGUUGAGUCAUACUUUCAAGUUGUGGGGGCUGCUGGUGGAGCAGCUGUGAAAGGAGUGUUUUUAGGACUUCUUGGAAGGUGCCAUGUAAGUGCUGAUGCAGCAAUUAGGGUGGUGAAUAAGGUAAUAGGGGAUCCUUCUGGUGGUGGUGAAGAGGCAAGGUUGAGGGCAAAGGUGGUAUCUGACCUGGUGUCUGAUGACAGGAUUCGGACGCUCUUGAGUGGAGAGGAUGCUUCCAAGGAGAGAACAGCUAUGCAUGCUCUUCUCUGGAAUUGCGCAGCAGAACGCUUCCGAUCAAAAGAUCUCCAGACCAGUGCUGAUAUAUUUGAAAAAUCUAUGCUUUAUGUCCCUUCUGACAUAGAGAGUAGAAAUCUCAAAGCAAAGGGAUUUAGAGUUUUAUGUCUGUGCUAUAUGGGCCUUUCACAGCUUGAUCGUGCUCAAGAAUACAUAAACGAGGCAGAGAAGCUUGAACCGAAUAUAGCUAGUGCCUUCCUGAAGUUUAAGAUCUACCUGCAAAAGAACGAAAGCGAUGGUGCUAUUACUCAGGUGCAGGCAAUGCCAAGUUGCCUUGACUUCACCACUGAAUUCCUUUCUCUAGCAGCUCAUGAAGCUAUUGCUUGCCGUUGUCUACCAGUUGCUGCUGCUUCUCUGUCACUUCUCUUGAACUUCUACUCCAGGGGGAAACAGAUGCCAACAACUGAGGUUGUAGUUUUCAGGACUUUAGUCAUGAUUCUCUCUCAGGAUUCUCAGAGUGAUUCUGAUAUCCUAAAGCAGAUGAAACGAGCUCAUUCUCGGCUAUGUGAGAUGGGUGCUGACAAAUUUUUUGGGAAAGGUGAGAUCGGAAGAAGGGAAAGGAAUUGGUUUUCAGUGAAUGCAUGGAAUUCGGGGGUUAAAACAGGACAGGAAAACCAAUAUGCAAUUUGUGCAGAGUUCUUUAGAUUGGCAUCAGAGUUUUAUGGUUCUUCAAUUGAUGAAGAGAAAGAAGGAAACAAUGUAAUGGUUUGUAAAUCACUGAUUAUGACAGUAUCUGCAAUAAUCUCAUAUGAGAAGCAAAGAACGAAUACGUUAUCGGAAAAUGAAGUGAAGGAAGCUAUUUCUUUGCUAGACAAAGCAGGAAAGAUGUUAAUGUCAAGCUCAACAGAAUAUGAGAAGCUAGAGGCCAUCAUCGAGCCUAAUUUCUUGUUUGUGUACACUUGGUGUGCUUUUGAUCUACAUUCAAGGCUUGAUGACACGGGAAGCCAACAGCUCGUCCUUAUAAAGCGCUUUGCAGACUCAAAAUGUUGCAACCCAAAGCAUCUACUUCAGAUUGGCAUUGACGCUUCACAAGGACCACGCUCCAACCACGAGGUGGCCACCUUUGCAUUAAGCACCUGCCUCUCUACCCUCCUGGCCUUGCCUUUGCCUGAUUAUGUAAGUGUGGCACUCAUACUGAGGAAACUUGUUAGUCUAAGAAGCAUCCAUGGAGUUGAUACUAAUGAUGAUGCAACAAUGGAGACGUACAAGCAAGCACAUCGAAUAAUGGUGGGUUUGAAGGAAGGAGAAUAUCCGGUUGAAGAAGCGAAAUGGCUUGCCAUGACAGCAUGGAAUAGAGCAGCUGUCCCUGUGAGGAUGGGGCAUAUGGAUGAAGCAAAGAGGUGGAUGUCUAUGGGUUUGGACCUGGCCAAGAAAGUCCCAGGGAUGCAAACAUACAGGUCAUGCAUGGAAGAUUUUGUUGCAGGGUUUGAGAAGAAAUUAUCAGGGGCAUGAUGACUGUCAAAGCACUUUUAUAGAAACAUCCAGACGCUAAAUUCCUCUCUGCACAUAAGAUCAUGGAUAGAUACUGCAGGUGCUGAAGUUGUAAUUUUGUGAAAGUUGCCUAUCCGGCUUUACAACUUGUGGAACACAUUUACUUCGUAUACUACAUCCAAGGUUUCCUUGAUAAUAGCCUAACUUGUCUAAUUUACAUGAAAAAGUUGAAGCACAAAAUAAAAAGAGGAUUAGGAGUCAAAUUUCGGAAAAAACUUAUUCGCAGUAACCUUCACUUGUUAUAGUGUGUGUUACUUUUGGAAGGUAGAUAACUUGUAAUUCAAUUGUUUCUAAAAUAAAAUGUUCCCCAAAUAAUCUCA